CUCGCAGAGCUCGGGUCUUGGAGGCUCCCGGCUCCCGGACACUGACUCCGGCCGUCGUCGUCGCGGCGGCCCGCCGUUCCCGAGCUCCGAGCGGCCGAGGUCACCAUGAGUCCGGGGUUCCGCCGGGCCGUCGCCGGGCAGGGGGCGGCGGCCGCCGUGCAAUUGCUGAUCGCCCUGAGCUUCCUCCCAAGUCUCGUCAAGACCCAGGUGACUGGAGUUCUGGAUGAUUGCUUGUGUGACAUUGACAGCAUUGAUAACUUCAACAACUACAAAAUCUUCCCCAAAUUAAAAAAGUUACAAGAACGAGGCUAUUUUCGUUAUUACAAGGUUAAUCUGAAGCGACCGUGUCCUUUCUGGGCAGAAGAUGGCCACUGCUCAAUAAAAGACUGUCACGUGGAGCCCUGUCCAGAGAGUAAAAUUCCAGUUGGAAUUAAAGCUGGGCAUUCAAAUAAGUACUUGCAAGCGGCAAACAAUACCAAAGAAUUGGAAGACUGUGAGCAGGCUAACAAGCUGGGCGCCAUCAAUAGUACAUUAAGUAACGAAAGCAAAGAAGCAUUCAUUGACUGGGCAAGAUAUGAUGAUUCACAGGAUCACUUUUGUGAACUUGAUGAUGAACGCUCUCCUGCUGCACAGUAUGUGGACCUGCUGCUGAACCCAGAGCGGUACACCGGCUACAAGGGCUCCUCGGCAUGGAGAGUGUGGAACAGCAUCUAUGAAGAAAACUGCUUCAAGCCUCGAUCUGUGUAUCGUCCUUUAAAUCCUCUGGCACCCAGCCGAGGGGAAGAUGAUGGAGAAUCAUUCUAUACAUGGCUAGAAGGUUUGUGUCUUGAGAAAAGAGUCUUCUAUAAGCUGAUAUCAGGACUUCAUGCCAGCAUCAAUUUACAUCUGUGUGCAAAUUAUCUUCUGGAAGAAACAUGGGGUAAACCUAGUUGGGGACCUAACAUCAAAGAAUUUCAGCGCCGCUUUGACCCUGUGGAGACAAAGGGGGAGGGUCCAAGAAGGCUGAAGAAUCUGUACUUUUUAUACUUGAUUGAGCUUCGUGCUUUGUCAAAGGUGGCCCCUUAUUUUGAGCGCUCAAUUGUUGAUCUUUACACUGGCAACUUGGAAGAAGAUGCCGACACCAAGACCCUCCUGCUCAGCAUCUUUCAGGACACAAAGUCCUUUCCCAUGCACUUUGAUGAGAAAUCCAUGUUUGCAGGUGACAAAAAGGGGGCCAAGUCAUUAAAGGAGGAGUUCCGGUUACAUUUCAAGAACAUCUCCCGCAUCAUGGACUGUGUUGGAUGUGAUAAAUGCAGAUUAUGGGGGAAAUUGCAGACUCAGGGUUUAGGAACUGCCUUGAAGAUACUAUUCUCUGAAAAAGAAAUCCAGAAGCUUCCGGAGAACAGUCCAUCUAAAGGCUUCCAGCUUACUCGGCAGGAAAUAGUUGCUCUUUUAAAUGCUUUUGGAAGGCUUUCUACAAGCAUAAGAGAAUUGCAGAACUUUAAAGCAUUAUUGCAGCACAAGAGGUAAUGAAGACUUUUCUAUGUCUCCGUAGACAUAAUGGACUGUGUGAAGCCUUUUAGCCUUGGACAUUGAGCAGAGAGACUGUCUAAGACUUCAAGAAUUUUGAACUCUUAAAGAGAAAAUUCAAAUGUUCACUUGAAUAUUUAUGAUCCUUAAUAGAAUAUGAAUUAGAGAUAUUUAUAAAUGAAGUAUAUACUUUAAAAUUGUAAAUUAUACUAACCCCAUGUUUGUUUCACAUUGGUUUUGUUUGUAUUGUAUUACCCUUCAUUCCUAGUUGUCAAACUUUAAAUGACUGUGUCUAUCCUGAGAAGACUAUUCAGUCUGUUAUAGAAAAAUAACUAGGGAACCAGUGCUGCCUAGGGCUGGUCUCAGUGACAGAAAUUUGUCAAUGCUGUAGUUAGUGUUUCAGCUUUGCCUAACACUGUGUGUCAUCUUCUGUAAUACAGGGCUGUCACUAUAAUGAAUAGGCCUUUCAGUGACUAGUGAGAGAGGUUCUGGAUGACUUCCCAGGACUUCAACCAUUUUAAGAUGUUUAGUUGCUGUUGCUGCUUUGGUUUUGGCCUAAAGGGACCUGCCUUGGUAAAGGUGGGUAAGUGUCCUCCCAUGCUCACUUGGCCAGAUGUCCUGUGUACAACAGGCUGGCUCAAGAGUGGAGUGUCCUUUACCUAAAGCCUACAACUCCCCUUCUGCUGACUUCUCUCUUUGUUCCUCUCCUAAUUAUAAACAUUUUCAGUUAUUUUAUGAAAA